ACCAUUUGGAUGUCGUAAAAUGAAUUACAAAAACUCGGUAAUUUUUAUUGGUUGUUUGAUCCAAAUGGGUGUUGUCUUCAGUUCCAUGACCUACGACGACAUGAAACAAACAGCCAAGAUGAUGAGGAACAUUUGCCAACCCAAAUAUGGGAUUUCGGAUAAUGUUGCAGAAGGUGCAUCUAAUGGAAUGUUUCCUGAUACCAGAGAUUUUAAGUGCUACGCUUCGUGUUUGAUGGAUUUAACCCAGACCGCAAAAAAUGGUAAACUGAACUACAACGCUGCUAUUAAGCAAAUAAGGUUACUCCCCGAUGACUACAGAGAACCUUUCCGUGUCGGACUAGAUUCCUGCAGAACUGCCGCGGAUGGGAUUGAGGACUAUUGCGAGGUGGCCUACGCUCUAUUGAAGUGUUUCUUCAAUGCUGCUCCAAAAUUUUUCUUUCCGUGAAAUUUGUAAACUAAUAAAAGUUG